AUGCCACAAAUUAUUCACCUCGUGCGCCAUGGCCAAGCCGUUCAUAACCUCGGCGAAGCAAACAACAUUCUGCCCGACACAGACUUGACGCCUUUGGGACAAGAGCAAGCUAAAGGCCUGAUCUCCAAGUGCCCGGAGCUUGCCAAUGUUGACCUCAUUGUGUCAUCGCCAUUGCGGCGAACUCUCCAAACGACCUUGCUGGGGUUCUCUUCACAACUUGAGCGCGGCUUACAAAUUGUGGCCUUGCCAGAAGUGCAGGAAGUCAGCGCUAUGAACUGCGACACGGGCAGUGAUCUCGCUGUGAUAAAGGAGGAGUUCAGACAAAAACCUGUGGAUUUCAGUCUGGUUGAGCCGGGCUGGCAAGUCAAGCUCUGA